CCUGGAAGCCCAGGGAGGAGAGAAUUGCAGUGAGUGUGCUCCGCAGAGGCAAGCCUUUGUUAGGAAUACGCUGCUGGCAGCAGAGCAUCCUGGACUUCCCUUGAAUGGGGCAACGUGCGGCCUCAGUGUGCUGCCUCCAAUAACAGGGAGUUUAAAAAGCUCUUACAGAAAUGUCCUCCAUUGCUCUCAGCCCUGGAGCAAGGAUGCAGAGAGCAGGCUCAUGAAAGCUGUGGCUGACAUGAAACAGAGGGAAGGCACUCAAGUGACCCAGGGGGCUGUAAAGCACUUAACUUUGGAGCCAUCCCCGUUGUUUCUAUAUGACUACGUGACCAAAAGCAGAGUGGACGGAUGACAGGGGGCAAGGCGGGAAUUGGGGUGAGGAGGGCAGGGGUGGUGAGCGUGCAGCCACGUGUGUGCAGUGGGGAGAGGGCUCGGCUUCUCAAAGGAAAGGAGAAAAAAAAAAAAAAAGCAACGGGUUGCAGCUGCGUUUUCCAAAAAGCCCGAGCCUUUCUGCUCGCCGUCGCUUCCAAGAGACGGAGAAAACGGGGAGGUAAAUUGCAGUGAUUCAUCGCGGGCAGAUCGGAGGCAGGAAAUGGGAGUUCGCUGCAUGCCCCGUGCCCGCCGUGGGCUCGCGCUUGGCGGGGCCUGGCGUGCAGCGGGGGCCUGAAAGCAGGGCAGAGCAUCCCUGCGGAGCAUCCCUGCGGAGCAUCCCUGCGUCGCGCCCGGCGGAGCCCCCAGGGAACGAAAGCGCCGGACUGAGGCCGAGAACCGGAGGAUUUCGCCUGCGUUUCUCUGGAGCUGCCCGUGAGCGGGGGAACGGGGCCCGCUGUGGUGGGCGAGCUUCUCUCGGGGAUUUGGGAACUUCUGCAUCGGGGCGAGGAUUUUGGGACCUCUGCAUUGGGGUAAGGAUUUAGGAAGCUGCUGCCAUGAAGAAGAUGACAGCCAACGGGAGGGGGCCGGAUCCGGCACCACCACCCCCUCGUAGCCGGGGCAUCGCCAAGGCAGCAGAGUACGUGGGUUCCUUCAUGCUGGAGGAGAUGGAGCUGCAGCAGCACGCAGGGCAGCUGGAGGAGCAGCUGCGGGCGCUGCAGGAUUGCCCCAGGAGGAAGCCUGUGGUGCUCAGGUUCAGCUUGCAGGGACUGAAGGUCUACGGAGCCGACGGGGAGAUGCUGCUGAUGGCGCACGCGCUGCGCCGCAUCCUGUACAGCACCUGCCUGCACGCCGAGCGCCAGUUCGCCUUCGUGGCCCGCAACCCUCGCAGCCCCCCCAGCUCACUGUUCUGCCACCUCUUUGUGGGCCCCCCGGGCGAGGUGCACGUGCUGCACCUGCUGCUGUGCCGCUCCUUCCAGCUCUGUUACCUGCAGGCGCACCCUGAGCUGCAGGCGGCUGAGCCUGACCCCCCCCCGCUGCUGCGGGAGCCCCUCAACCCCGAGGAGGUGUCGCGCAACGUCAACGCACUGCUGUCCCUGCGGCGCCUGCCUGCCCUCGGACCUCUGGGUGCAGGGCACGUCUUUGCACAGCAUCUGCUCCAAGAGAGACGGGUGGAGGCCGAGGGCCGCGCUGCGGGUUGGCACCCAGGGAACCCGUACUGCUCCCCAGUGCUGGUGCGCAAAAAGGCGAUCCGCAGCAAAGUGCUGCGCUCGGGUGCCUACCGAGACUGUGGGGCUGAGAGUCAACUGCAGCACAGAGAGGGUGCCCCGUCGGGAUGGGAGAGCAGAAGCACGCGGGGCCUGGCGCUGCUCCCUGACACCGAGGCCGCCCUCGCCGAGAGCGUGUGGGCCUUCGCCGGCAUCGCCAGGGCCGGCGGCGUGGCGCUGCUGCGCGGAGACGCGCCGGGAGCCUUCCUGCUGCGCGCCGAGCCCGGCGGCGCCCCGCGCUGGUGCCUGUGGGUGCGCGCGCCCUGCGGAGUCGUGCCGUACUGCGUGCUGCGGACGCGGCAGGGCCGCUUCUGCGUGGAGCACUCCCACGCCGAAUUCCGCUCCAUGCCGGCGCUGCUCGCGCACUACUCGGCAGUACCCGGGGGCUGCUUCUGCCGCCUGAGCGUGGGGCGCCGCAACCCCGGCUACGAGCAGCGGGACGAAGACAGCCCGGCCCUGGUGCAGCACGAGCGCGGUUAGAGCCGACCGCAGCUCCGACCGCACGGAGCCCCACGGCCAC